AUGGAGGACGAAUUACGUUGCCCUACGUGCAAGCAGCUUUUUGCAAAUCCAGUAUUGUUGCCCUGCUUUCAUGCUUUGUGCUUGGGUUGUGCUUUGGAUAUACAGACCCCUUAUACGCCGGGUGCAAUUUUAGCUUCGGUUACAGGCGGUUCUUCGCUAAUUGGCAACAUAAAUGGUUGCACCAUACACAGUGUAGCCGCUACUAUACAUCCUCAUCCUCCAGGGGCUCAUACGCACGCACAUACCCAUCCUCAUCCUUCGACUAGACAUUCGUCGAAUAGUUCAGCUGCUAGUACUGCCAGUUCCGCCACAGGUUCCGAAUCAGUUACAUCCGAUCAAGAUCAGUCGGAUAAGGUGAGCAUCCUAAGUGAAGCUGAUUCCGGAGUUUGUUGCUCUAAUACUUCACGACCAGUAUCGUAUGCUGGUCCUCCACAUUUGCAAGGCUUAUUGCCAGGGGCGGCAUCGGGACCGCCAGGCGCUGCUUACAGCCUAACUUGUCCACUUUGCCGUAAAAUUGUAUUCUUCGACGAGGGCGGUGUACGUAACUUACCGCCCUAUCGUGCUAUGGAAUCCAUAGUAGAUCGUUUUUGUGCCCGUGAGGCAUUACGUUGUCAAAUGUGUGAAACCGAUCCAAAAGUAGCAUCACUGGUUUGCGAGCAAUGCGAGAUACGUUAUUGUGACGCAUGUCGUGAAUUAUGCCAUCCGGCCAGAGGACCUUUGGCUAAGCAUACAUUAGUGAAGCCAAAAGGAGCCGCUCAACAACGCGAAUCGGUAUGCGGCGAACAUGAGGAAUUAUUGUCAAUGUAUUGUUUGACUUGCAAAAUACCUGCUUGUGCUGAAUGCAUUAACGAUCAGCGUCACCCUCAACAUGAGGUGCAGCCUAUCACAACUACUUGUAAGGCACAAAAGGAGUCCUGCAUUGAAUUCGAAAGACUGGUUACCGCUCAAUGCGAAGCUCUUAUCCAAGCCAUACACGAUAGACGUGAAUAUUUACUUGAAGCUAUACGCAUGGAUAAGGAUACAAAAAUACGAAUAUUGAAGGAUCAACAAUCAAACUGCACUGGCAAACUACAACAGACCACGGGCUUAAUACAAUUUUGCAUUGAGGCUUUGAAAGAGACUGACAGUGCCGCGUUUUUACAGGUUGGUUCGAUGUUGAUAAACCGGGUGGCAAACACUGAUAUGACUUGGCAUCAGGAAGUGACUAACGCUGCACCGCGAGUGUCACCCAUCGUUGACUUGACAUUAGACGAUGCAUCCGUCUUGAGAGCUAUAGAUAAUUUAAAUUUUAUACAAAUGAAACCUGUCAAAGAUGGAGAUGAAAGAUUACCAGCAGGUGAGAUGCUUAUGCUUGAUGAUAACAUCACCAACAACACCUUUACAACCUCAAUAUUAUCCACCAACACAGUGAUUAAUACAUUUGAUUUGUCCAUGAACUCUUCUGAUAUGAAAACCUCAACAUUACGUUCCAACAAAUCCAAUAAAUCAACGACAUCCUCAUUGUUAUCCCAGAAAAUGAAUGCAUUUAAAAGAUUAAUCAACUAUGACGAAACUCUCUCAUCCCCAUUGCCACCAGCAAUUAUACCCGAAGAUUGUUCAGCGGAAAAUAAUUCUGUAACGGUAGCGUGGCAGGCACCAAGUCAUUCAUUUGUCGAAGGUUAUGUGCUAGAAUUGGAUGAUGGCAGCGGUGGUGAAUUUCGGGAAGUGUACUGUGGUAAAGAAACUAUAUGCACUGUAGAUGGGUUGCAUUUUAACUCCAUGUACAAUGCUCGUGUCAAGGCCUUCAAUAGCGCUGGCGAAGGUGAAUACUCUGAACUAAUUGGCUUACAAACGGCUGAAGUUGCUUGGUUCACUUUCGAUCCUGUAUUAAGCGGUGGUCCUGGUUCCGGUCUUAUCUUUAGCAAGAAUAAUGCAACAGUUUCCGUUGAAGGUUGGGAACAUCGUGUUGCUUUAGGUUCAGUGGGUUUCUCACGUGGCAUUCACUAUUGGGAAUUUACUAUCGAUAAUUACACAGCAGACACAGAUCCAGCCUUCGGUGUAGCACGCAUUGAUGUUAAUCGCAGUAAAAUGUUGGGUAAAGAUGAAAAAUCAUUUGCUAUGUAUAUUGAUCGACAGCGUUCGUGGUUCCAACAUAAUUCAGUGCAUGAACGUCGCGUCGAAGGUGGCAUUAGCACAGGCAGCACCAUUGGCGUGUUGCUCGAUUUGCAAAGACACACUUUAAGUUUUUUGGUUAAUGGUAUGCCUCAAGGCUCUGUAGCAUUCCGUGAUCUCUAUGGUGUUUUCUAUCCUGCCGUCAGUAUUAACCGUGGCGUUACUCUAACAUUGCAUACCGCCUUAGAUGCACCACAAAUGGAUUAUUUUUAAAAACUUAUUAAAAGUUUCCAAAGAAAAUGACAAUUUAAUGAAAUAUUCUCUUUAAGAAAGUAAGUGUAUGCGUGUGUGUGUGUGCGUGUGCGUGUGUUUAUAUAUAUAUAUACAAUGUUACUUGAUCUUCAAUUACUUAACGUAAACGAUUUUGUAAAUUAAAUUUUUUAAAAUUUCAAAGAAACGAAUUAAAGUGAAAAAUGUUUAUAGAUGUGCUUAUGAUUGUGAAAUUUUCUCUCGUCGCUUAACACAUAUCCCUUAUAGGUAAAUAAGAAAAGUUCUUUAUGUAAAUGAAAACUGAAAACAAACAAAAAAAGAAAAAAACUAUAAAUCGAAAUCAAUUAAUCUAACGUUGAAAGUGUGCGUAAUUUUUUUGAACGAAACAAAAAAUUAAAUCCAAUAAAAAAAAUCAAUCAAUAAAUGCUUAUAGGUGUAAAAAAAAAAAAAAAACAAACAAGAGCUCACAGGCCUUUAAAACACUUUAAUCUGUGCAGUAAGUUUAGCUGCUUAUUGGGAAGCGAUGGAAUCA